AUGUCCAUCACGGAAAAGGACCAACCACACCGAGUACUUCUCGUCAGUGUACCCCGCACCGCCUCGAAUUUACUCGUCAAAAUCCUCAACAUCCACAACCAACCCAAUGUCCUCACUAGCCCAAAUGCCGGCUACUUCUUCUAUGAUGCCUUCAUGAUAGCUGGCCGGGACGGUCGUUUGGAUAGACCUCUAGAGGAAUGGACAACAGAGGCGAAGGACGAGACCAAAGCCGCCAUCCAACAAGGCUUCGAUGAACUAGAAGCUUAUUCCACCCGAGCACGCACCGAGAAUAAGAUAAUGUUUGCUAAAGAGCAUGCCUUCUGGUUCCUCAACCCGGGCUUCUUCACGAGCACUAUCAACGGCGCCGAAAGCUCUGAAUACAUGAAAGAGUUCAACGUAUCCAUGCCAGAACGCUACGGGCCCUCGCAAACUUUCUCGGCCAAUAACAAAACCGUCAUGCCGGACGAGUACCUGCGCACCUGGCAGAUAGUCUUCAUCAUCCGUCACCCGGCACUAGCUUGGGCAUCGAUGUAUCGGGCCAUGAUCAAGCUGUCCAAAGCUGGAUUUAUUGACGAUGAUGGAAUGAGAGGUGCGACGAUCACGAAUAUGACCAUGAAGUGGACACGGAAAUUGUUCGACUGGUGUCUUGAGCAGCCCGAUGAACCUAUCGCGCCUUUGGUCAUCGAUGCAAAUGAUGUCAUCCAUAACCAAGGUGCUGUGGUUAGAUUUUGUGAGAAGGCUGGUCUGGACACCGCGUCCUUGCAGUUUGAGUGGAAUGGCGAUACGAAAAAGUCUGAGAACUGGGUGUCCGAGAAUGGAAGGACGGGUAAUUCCGAGGAGGUGCAGAUGCAUAAGGUUGCUGCUUCCAUCAUGUUGUCGACUUUGGAGCAGUCCACUGGUGUUGUGAAGGAUAAGGCGCCCGUGUCAGUUGAUAUUGAUGUGGAGGUUGCUAAGUGGCGCGUUGAGUUUGGGAAUGAGGUCGCAGAGAUGCUCGAGAAGGCUACCCGGGAUUCCAUGCCGGAUUAUGAGUAUUUGAAGGCCAACCGGGUGACUGUCUAA